AUGGAAUUUUGGGAAUUAGAUGGAAUUGGUUCCGUGAGCGGAACCGGUUCCGGAAUACGAAAUAAUCAAUCAAAUGUUUUAUCUACUGAUGUGGUUCAACAACAAUUGAAUGAAUUACUUAAUGAACCUAUAUCAGAACAAUAUCAACGUCAGUUUCGUAAAUAUUUUGGUGCUAAUAUAACUACAAAAACAUUUACGAUUCAUGAAUUCGCUCAUCUGUUUCAAGUAACAUCACUACUUACUCGUCUUCUUUGGAUAUCACCAAUGUCAGUAAAAGCAUUUAUACUUCUUAAAUUAUUUGAUGUUAAUGAUGAUGGAAACAUUUCUAUAGAGGAAAUUCGUUUAUUUUAUGAACAUUAUUUGUCUGAACUUAGAUUUUUUAAAGAGCAAAAUAGAUUAAAUGGAAUUGCUGAUGUAUUUCUUCAUAGACUUUUCCCAAGAAAUGGUGAACAAAAUCAACAAGAAGAAUUAAAUUUUAUCGACUUCUUCAACAAAAUCCAUCCAUUUUAA